AUGGGCAACUCUGCCUCCGGCGGCUUCGAGGACACGGACGGGAAGACCUCCUCCUCGCUACGCCAGGAGCGCCGCGAAGCGUACGAGGCCUGCAUCGCCGCACUCCGCGCCGAGCUGGCGCUCGAGCGGCGUCCGGCGGCGCUCCCGCAGCGCUACACCACAGCGUCUGAUGACGCGAGGCCAAGGAUUGUCCUUCGGAAGCGGCCACUAUUUGAGCAUGAGGCUCGGCGCGACUUUGAUGUCCUCACCGCAGACGGCGGCGACGACGUCUGGGGCGACGGCCCUGCGGCGGCGCUGUGGGUGACGCGCCCGUUCCUGGCCCUCGACCACGACAUGUCCGCGACCCUGCACCCGGAGCCCUUCGUGGAGAGCCACGCCUUUUACGCCGACGCCGUCUUUGACGAGCGGCGCUCCACCGCCGAGCUGUACGACGCCGCCGUCCGGCCUCUCGUGGCGGGUGCGGUGCUGCGCGGCGGCGUCGCGACCGUGCUCUGCUUUGGCCAGACCGGCUCGGGCAAGACGCACACGACACGCGGCCUCCUCGAUGAGCUGCGCGGCGACCUCCCGCUCGACGUGCUCGGCUGGCGCGUGAGCGCCGUUGAGGUGGCGGGCAGCAGCGUGAGGGACUUGCUGCACGACGGCGCCCCGUGCACGCUGCGGGACGCGCACGGAGCGACGCACGUGUCGGCGACCACGAGCGGCGCGGCCCUCGUCGUUGGCAGCGCGGCGGAUGCCGUCGCCGCGAUCGCCGCUGCGACGCGGCUGCGCGCGACCUCCGCGACCAGCGCGGCGAACAGCGCCGAGCGGGUGCGCGAGACGCAGGAGGUCAACCGCUCGCUGAUGACGCUCAAGGCGGGCGGCGCCCGCAUGCCGACGCGCGACACGGCCAUCACCCGCGUGCUGCGCGGCGCGCUCGAGGGCGCAGGCCGCCUCGUGCUGAUUGCGACCGCCUCGCCCUCCUCGGCCGACGCGGAGCACGCCAUGUCCACGCUCAGCCACGUGGUGCGGUGGUGGCUGGAGGCCACCGCCGCGGCGGCGGCCGCGAUCAACGCAGCCGCCACGCCAGACGGCGGCACGCCCACGGCCGAGGCGUUCACGCUUCGCCGCUCGCAGUGGCCCUCCGGAGCGAAGCUGGGGAUCGGAUUUGAGCCUGCGGCGGCGCCGCCGGCGGACGACGCGCCGCCCGUCGUCUCGAAGCUGUCGACGGGCACGCCCCUUGCGUCCGCCGCCGCCGCGUGCCGGCACGCCGUCGCGCCCGGGUGGAGGCUCGUCGGGUGCGGCGCCGCGGCCCUCGCGGGGCCUGGCGACGCCGACGCCACGCUGACGCUUCGCUUCGAGCCGCCGUCGCCGUGCGCGGCAGCGCCACCCCGCGUGCCUCGCAUGUUCGCAGCGACGUCGCGCCUCGGCGUGGGAAAGGGCUCCGACCUGCUCUCCGCCUUUGCGGACCCCGACCGCGGCCUGCGCAAGUGGGCUGAGGUGUGCGCCGGCGACAAGGCACUCGCGCGGGCGCUCUUCGACACGCUGCGCGGCCUCGCGGCGCCGCACGGCGGCACACCCGAGGAGCGGCUGGAGAGGGACCGGCACGAGAGGGCCGAGGCGGCGGCUGCUGCCGCAGCGGCCGGCGCCGCGGUGGAGGUGACAGGGUAG